CUGGCUUAUGAUGUUUCAGGGGAACUGAACUUGGGACAGCAAAGCCUCAGGUAUGAGAGUCUCUUUGCAUAACCAUUAUGCUGUCUACCCCGCACUCCCUCCCUGUUUCUUUAGAAUGAAUGCUUUUGUUGUAUCUGUUUGAAUGCAAAUAACAGUUUAUCAUUUAUAGUUUCCCACAGGCUCAUAAGGGGCAAAUUAUUUCUUUUCCUAAGAGAGGAGAGAGAACUAGGGGAUGACUCAAAUAUCCUGGCAUUUUGUUCACUUCUUCUAAUACAACAUGCACCAGACUUCAAGGAUGGUAAAUGCCCAGGUGAUUAUCUGACCAAUGAAAAGGAGAAACAAGAUGAGCAAGAUAGCUGGCUUGGAUAGUAUGCUUGCUCUGUCAUAUCCAGUUCACAGGCGAGUAAAUUACGAAGAGCUAAGAAGCGUGGGUGGACGCAGAGGCGGCCUCAAAGCCCUCCGGGACCCGGUGCCGGACGCGAGCCCCCGCGUCUCUGCAGGCGAGUCCCCGCCCGGGGCCCGCGGGGCCCGCGCCGUGGGAGGAGCCGGGAGCUGGCCCGCGACUAACCCAGGGUCUGCUUGCCGGACCCGCCCAGGAAGGGCCAGGACUGCGGAGAGAGGAACCUCGGCGUUGCGAUCUCCCCCCACUACCCCCUUUAAGAGCUCCUGUUCUCGCUCAGUGGCUCCUGCUUAGUCCCGGGCAUUCAGCUCCGAAGAGCUCCGGAGCCCGCGCGCCCAGCCCCGGGGGAGCCCGCCCCAGCCCCGAGGCCCGCCCGGGCCAUGCUCCCCCGGGGCAGCGGCUGAGCUGAGCCGGGACCGCGACCGGAGCCCGCGCGGAGAAUGGAUCCAGGCUGGGGGCAGCGGGACGUGGGCUGGGUGGCCCUGCUGAUCCUUUUCGCCGCCUCGCUGCUCACGGUUUUCGGCUGGCUGUUGCAGUAUGCCCGGGGAUUGUGGCUGGCGCGGGCUCGCAGGGGCCGGGGCCCGGGACCCGUCUCGCCUGCCGAGCCGGCGGGCUCCAUGCGAGAACUGGGUGUGUGGCGCUCGCUGCUGCGGCUGCGGGCGAGUCGGGCCGGAGUCCCCGCGGAGCCAGGAGUCCGGAGCCUCCUGGCGUCGCUCUUCGCCUUCAGAUCUUUCCGGGAGAACUGGCAGCGGGCUUGGGUGCGAGCGCUGAACGAGCAGGCCUGCAGGGACAGGAGCUCCAUCCAGAUCAUCUUCGAAGAGGUGUCACAACUCCCACCCAGAACCAGCGUCAGUCACGUGACCUACGUAGACCAAUCAGAACACACCAUGGUUCUGCAUUGCCAGAUCUCUGCUGAGGAGAUGCAGUUCCCAGUCUCUGUGACCCAGCAGUCCCCUGCUGCCGUCUCUAUGGAGACCUACCACGUUACUCUGACACUGCCACCAACACAGUUGGAAGUCAACCUGGAGGAAAUCCCUGGAGAGGGGUUGCUGGUGUCCUGGACCUUCACAGAUCGCCCGGAGCUCAGCCUGACGGUGCUUCCCAAGCUGCAGGCCAGGCAGAGGGGUGAGGAGCAAGUAGAGCUCUCUACCCUUGAAGAGUUGAUCAAGGACGCCAUAGUCAGCACCCAGCCUGCCAUGAUGGUCAAUCUCAGGGCUUGCUCUGCCACUGGAGGCCUGGUAGCCAAUGAGAAGCCACCCACAGUGCCCCAAGUCCAGCCAGCCAUCCCCAGAUCUAUCCGGUUAUUCCUACGGCAGCUCCGAGCAUCUCAUCUGGGAGGUGAGCUGGAAGGCACUGGGGAACUAUGCUGUGUUGCUGAGCUCGACAACCCCAUGCAGCAGAAGUGGACCAAGCCUGCAAAGGCUGGUGCAGAUGUGGAGUGGAGUGAGGACCUGGCACUGGAUCUGUGCCCCCAGAGUCGGGAGCUGACCCUCAAAGUGCUGAGGAGCAGCACUUGUGGAAAAGCUGAACUCCUAGGCCAAGCUACACUGCCUGUGGGCUCCUCUUCCAGACCACUGUCCCGAAGACAAGUGUGCCCACUUACCCCUGGACCAGGGAAAGUCCUGGGACCAGCAGCCACUGUGGCAGUGGAGCUUCAGUAUGAGGAGGGCUCCCCCCGCAACCUAGGCACUCCCACCCCAUCCACGCCUCGUCCAAGCAUCACACCUACCAAGAAGAUUGAGCUGGAUCGUACCAUCAUGCCUGAUGGCACCAUUGUCACAACAGUCACCACUGUCCAGUCCCGGCCCCGUGUUGAUGGCAAAAUAGACUCCCCUUCCCGCUCCCCGUCCAAGGUGGAGGUGACCGAGAAGACCACGACAGUGCUGAGUGAGGGUAGUGGCCCCAGCAGUGUUUCCCACAGCAGCAGCCUAGGGGAGAGCCACCUUUCCAAUGGCUUGGACCCUGUGGCAGAGACGGCGAUUCGCCAGCUGACUGAGCCCAGUGGGCGGGCAGCCAAGAAGACACCCACCAAGCGUAGCACUCUCAUCAUCUCUGGUGUUUCCAAGGUACCCAUUGAUCAGGACGAGUUGGCACUAUCUCUGGGCUAUGCAGCAUCCCUGGAAGCCUCCAUGCAGGAUGAUACAAGCACCAGUGGAGGGCCCUCCUCACCUCCCUCAGACCCACCAGCCAUGUCCCCAGGACCCCUAGAUGCCCUCUCCAGUCCUACAAGUGUCCAGGAAGCAGAUGAGACAACGCGUUCAGACAUCUCAGAGAGGCCUUCGGUGGAUGAUGUUGAGUCGGAAACAGGGUCUACUGGUGCCCUGGAGACCCGAAGUCUCAAGGAUCACAAAGUGAGCUUCCUGCGCAGUGGCACUAAGCUCAUCUUCCGCCGGAGGCCUCGCCAGAAGGAAGCUGGUCUGAGCCAAUCACACGAUGACCUCUCCAACACCACAGCCACUCCCAGUGUCCGAAAGAAGGCUGGCAGCUUUUCUCGUCGCCUCAUCAAACGUUUCUCCUUCAAAUCCAAACCCAAGGCCAAUGGCAACCCCAGCCCCCAGCUCUGAGGGUAUUUCUCACCUCCCAGGCUAGCAGAGGGUAGGAGUCUUCUCAGCCCACUCCUCCAACUCCCCUUCCACUCCUCUUCCUGGACUCCCAAUAGCCAGGGCUCACAAAGCUAUCUGGGCUGCAGGAAACCAUGUUCCCUCAGUCUGUGGAGCUGGUAGGAAGGGCACGUAACAAUGAGAAACUUGUGAGAGGCGGACUCCCAUUGCCAAGGACAGUGAAGAGGGAGUGAGAGGAGGGCUGCCCUGGCGUAUGCAGGCAUCCCUCAACUAUUUGCUCACUGUUGCACUGUCCCCUCACAGGAAUCCUAGGAUGUUCAGCUCCUCAGCUGGUCCUCCCUUAUUUAUUCUCUCUCUCUCUUUUUUUCUAUUUAUAUGUGUGAUUCAGGAUGAUAGAGGGCAUCUCUCCCAGAUAACCCUUCUUUCCUGUCCCAGGAGAGUAGACCACUCCCUUUGGGAUGGGGCUCCCAUACUUCCCUCAGAUCCCCACUCUGACCAGCACCAGUGACUGCCUCUGAGGACAUCGGCAGCACAUGGAAAGCCAGGCAGCUGGUGCCCAGGAUGGGGGGCAGGUACUCCCCACCUCCCUGCCUCCCCACCAGCUUUUGUAUUUGAUUGCCUUCUCUAUGAGCUGUGGCUCUGUUGGGAGGGGGAGGGAGGAAGUCAGGAGCCUGUGGGAAGCCUUUCAGAGAGAUGGCUUUUUAGGGACGUUAUUUAAGGAAUUUGUGAUGCUGGAGCAAGAGCAGGGCUGGCUGCACCUGUCUGUUGGGAAAUGAUGAUGUCCAUUGCUGUGUGAUGGCUUGGAAUUUAAUUUAUUAAAUUAAAGUCAAAUCAGAGUUUAUAAACUGGACAACUGGUUAUCCUUUGGAAGAUGAAUGGGCAGAGACGGGCCUGGACAGUGAGUUGGGGUAGACAACACAAAGAUUGAAUUUGCCAAGAAGUUUCUGCUGGGAGGAAAUGGUGUGUGGAGAGAAAGCAUGGGAGAAUAAGAAUUUUGGGAGGCUAAAGUUGGAGUACAAAGACAAAAAAAAAAAAAAAAGUCAUUUGGCUACUACAAGCAUCUUAUUCCCUUUCUCAAAUAGGUAGUUCCUUCUAAGAUAUAAUUGAAUCCAGAGCAUGGGUUUAGAUCUAAACUCCCUUGACACUGAUUUGACACUCCCUUGAUUUGACACUGAAUUCUUUUAUCUUCCAUUGUGACCUUGGGCAAGUUUUGUCAUCUCAGAGUGUCUCGGCUUUCUCACCUGUAAAAUGGGGCCUGUGAUAAUAGCAGCUCUCAUAAGUUACCGUGCAAAUAAGUGUUAAGUUUUGCCACAGACUGGGAGGGGGAAGUCUUACAGUGUGUUUCAUCAUAGUAAAAAGUUUCAGGAAGUUAUAGGUACUAGCAAACUAUGUCCCUAGUACCUUAUCUCGGGGAACUUGCAUAGGACUUGAACCAGGUAAGCUGCUGCAGGAUAUCCAGGUAAGCACUGGACCAGGGACAGAAAACCUGAGUGUGCUAUAAACACAAGUGACCUUGAACAGACUUUUUUUUCCCCAUGCCUCAACUUCUUGAUCUAAAAAGUGAAAGGUGGCCUAGAUAACCAUUCAGUGCACUUCUAGCCUUGCCAUUCUGAAUUACCUACAUCAAAGGGGGUUCAGGUCAUGUGCCUUUGGGUAAGCAGCAUGGAUUUAAUUGUCCCAUGCUCUGUCCAUGUAUAGUCAGAGUUUGGGAUAUUUAGAAAGAGUAACACAGUAUAGCUAUUGAAUAAUUUGUACUUAGUGGUAUGCUCAAGUCUAGGCUAUAGAAAGGUCAGAUUUGUCAAGUUAUUUCCCCUGAUCUAAGAAAUGCAAUUCAUAGUGGUUUACAGAAGAGUAAAGUUUGAAAUUUCACACACACAAAAAACCUUUGUUGAUGGGUAUGCAGGGAUUCCAAUUCCCACUCUACCUAUGGAUUAGUGGAUUUGGGUGGUAACUAGAAGUCCUACUCAGCUUCCCGUUCUGAGCUGCCUAGUGCUCGACAGAAUCACAUAUUUUACAAUGAAAAAGCACCUGGUCACAUUAAAAAAUAGGGAUUUAAAAAGUUAAAUGCAAAAUCAGACAUACCCCAAACAUAAUUUAUUCAACUUUAUCCAUUUUACACUGUCAGAAGAGAGCCACAGCUUUUGAUUAGACUGAAUUAAGCUUUAAGUUUCUGUGGCAGCUCUUAAAAGACUAAGUCUCAGGAUGCAUCUGAAUUAUCCAACCAAAACUAUGGCUUGCUUUCAAGAGAAGCAGAUUGAGAUGGAAGAAAACUAUCCUAGACAGCAAGACACUGCCUCAAAUUUUGGAAACGUGUGGAUCCUAGAACUAUCCUAAAAUUUUUGCUCUGUAAAAAUUGCCUGAAUUUACACAGCUCUGUGAAUGAACUGCCUCAUGAAAUUGCAAGAUUUAAGCUGAGUCCUCUUCAGUGAUGUAAAUUUGAAUUCAAAAUAAGAUUGGCACUUCAUGAAGUAUUACUAUAUGUGCUUUGAAUGAAUAAAGUUGAUAAAGUGAA